GUUCCCACGGCCCCAGGAUCUCCUAAUAUGGUCAGUGAUGCGAGGCGAGGCGGGGCGGGGAACCCCCCUCCCCCUCCCGGCCGAGCCAGGCCCGGAGCAAACAGAACCGCGUGGCCAGGCGGCGAGAGCGCAGCGCACGGACAAGCCCUGCCAUGAGAGAGGAGGUGGAGACGGGCGCCCGGUUCCUGUCGCGCCUGGUGAACCGGCACGGCCGGCUGGACGAGGGGCGCAUGGAACAGUUCGGGGAGCGCCUGGCUGUCAUCCUGCGGGAGAGGUACAGCCGGCACUGGUACCCUGAGAACCCCGCCAAGGGGCAGGCCUACAGGUGUAUCCGCAUCAAUCGGCGGCAGCAGGUGGACGAGUCGCUGCUCCGGGCCUGCGCGGGCUGCGGGCUGGAGUACUCGGAGCUGGCGCUGCCGCGGGAGCUCUCGCUCUGGAUCGACCCGGGGGAGGUCUGCUGUAGGCUUGGGGAGAACAGCCAGUACUUCACGGUGAGCCCCUCGGAAAGGGGUGGUGGCAAAGGGACCCCGGAGCCCGAGACGUCGGACUAUCACUCGGAGUCACCGUCGGAGAGCUCCUCGGAGGACGAGGGAUCAGUCCGGCCCUCUCCGGCACCGGCCCCAGCCCCGAGCCGACCCACCCUGCGGGAGCCCAGCAAACAGGCCGCCGAGUUGUUCUACGUCCCGGCCCCCAUGUGGGUCCCCUGCACUGCCCAGCGCCUGGUCAGCUACAUCCCCACCUACCAGCCCCUCACCUUCUACUACGUCCGCGUCGGAGCAAAGCCCUCGCCGGCGAAGAGAUCCAACCCCGACCGGCUGCGGCGCCUCACCCACCGGGCUGCCAAGGCUUAGGGGCGGGGCAGGGAGAGGGGAGAGCCCCCAGCCCCUCUCCCUCCUGCCCCCCAUCCCUUCCCCCCCAAUGAUCUCCACCACACUCCCAGGUUGAGACUGGGGGGAACUCACCACAGCAGUACAAACAGCGCCACCUGGUGGCCCUGCAGCGAGCCAGGCUGGAAACGGCUGGAAGUCGGGGAUGUCCUGCCUCCAUCCCCCUGCCCAGCUGGCAUCUUAAGGGUUAACAGCCCCUCUUCUCGUGCAGGGGGUGCGGCCCCAUGGCCGUGGGGCUGAGCCAGUUGAGACUCAGUAUCCUACGGGCCCAUCUACACAGGCAAAGCGCACGGGCAAACUUGCUAUGGAAGGGAAGUCAGGACGCCUGGGUUCUAUCCCCAGUGCUGGGAGGAUAGUGGGGUCUAGUGGUUAGAGCAGAGGGGGCUGAGGGCCAGGACUCCUGGGUUCCAUUGUCAGCUCCUCUGACCAGCUUCUGGCAAAAAAACCAAGCGCAUGCGCGCACAGACAAAACCACCAAAUAUGUGCCUCAGUUUCCCCGUCUGUAAAACUGGGAUCACAACACUCACCUACCUCAGAUUGGUGCCGCGGUGCAAACAAACGCAGGGGCACUUUAUAAAGGCUUUUUCCGUGCUGCUUUGCCGGGCAGGGGAAAGGAUUAUUCUAAUGAUUUUAAUAUAUAUGCUGUAAAUAGCGAACCGCUGGUAUUUAAUUUAUGGAAGCAGAGAGAGCCGUUUAGCAGGGAGGUGCAUG